GAGAGAGGGAGGGAGAAACAGAGAGGAAGAGAAAGAGUGGGACAGACAUAGACGAAGGUCUGUUAGAAAAAAAGGAACAAAAGAGUGGUAUAAAGAACUUUAAUAUGAAAAUUUUAAAGUUCGACUGAGGAGCAUGAAAAAUGAACAUUAACAUGGUCUAGAGAAGAGAAGAGAAGAGAAGAGAAGAUCCAGAAAACAAACUGAAAAGGCUGUUUGCUCUAGGAAAGACAUCUGAAAAGGAAAACCAAGUAAAGAUCCAAGUCAGGAGCUGAAGGAGCCUGGAACAGGAGCGUCACAAAAACCAGAGAUUUUAAAGAUUUGAAGCACAUGCUAAGGAUGCCAGUGUCACAGGGGUGUUUAUGUGUUGUCAAGUAUUUGAUGUUUGUCUUUAAUCUCAUCUUCUGGCUAGGAGGAUGUGGCCUGUUUGGAGUUGGAGUCUGGCUGUCCUUCACGCAGUCAGAGUUUUCCUCUCUUCCACUUUCAUUUCCGUCUCUCUCAGCUGCCAAUCUGCUGCUAGUUGCUGGUGGUAUUACUAUGAUAACAGGCUUUCUGGGUUGUCUUGGAGCGCUUAAGGAGCAGCGUUGUCUAUUGUUUACGUUCUUUUUGAUCCUGUUACUCCUGGUCCUGACAGAAGUGACUCUCGUUUUAGUUAUCCACAUUUUUCAUGACCAGCUGGAUUCAAAAGCACAAAAAGAAUUAAAGGAAGAUAUGAAGAUGUAUGAAUCAAAUUCUGGCCUUAAGAAUUCCUGGGACAAUGUCCAGAAAAUGUUCAAGUGCUGUGGCGUAACCAACAAAACAGACUGGUAUAAUGUGCUGCAGGGAAAGCUACCCUUAUCAUGUUGCUCAGUUGGGACACAGACCUGUGUUGAAGGAUGGACUGAGCCAUGCUACCAGAAAGCAAGAAAGUGGCUGAUAAAAAACAUCACCUCUGUCCUGGUGUUUGGAGUGUGUAUUGGUGUUGUGCAGAUUUUGGCCCUGGUGUUCUCCAUGCUCAUGUAUUGUCAAAUUCUUUCGGCCGAGAAACACUUGGACUAACUGCAGAAAAGCUGUUCAACAGAUGUCAUGUGACGCCUAUCAAACUCCUGAACUGAAUUUCUAAAAUCCAUAAUCCAGCCUGGAACAUUUCACUGAUUCAUUUCGGUUCAGAUUUUCAGUCAUUACAUUAUGUCCCUUUUUAUUACUGUUAACACCGAUUUACUUAGUUCUUCCACACCAUGCUGUACAAAGACAUCUGUUAACUGGUAUGUAUUAAUUAACCUACUAAUGACUAUCAUUUCCUUGAUUGUAGAUACAAUUUGACAGAUAUUUUUUUAGUAUAUACUAUAUUUUUAGUCUUUGGAUGUCAUUUAUCUACGAUGUAAAAAAGCACAGAGGAGCACUCUUAAUGGACUGCUUCUUAUAUAGCGCUUUUCUACUGUCCUGCAGUACUCAAAGCGCUGUAUAUAACACGCCACAUUCACCAGCACCCUCUAUGUUUUGUCAGUGCUUUAACUCAUACUCCGAUGGAUGCAUUGGAGAGCAAGUGGCGGUUAGUAUCUUGCCCAAGGAAAUGUGGUAUGCAGACUGGCGAAGCCAGGAAUCAAACUACCGACCUUCCGAUCAGCAGAUGACCUGCUCUACCUCCUGAGCUACAGCCACCCCAUAAGCUUACAGCACCUGGUAUUCCCAGGCAGUCUCCCAUCCAAGUACUAACCAAGCCCAACACUGCUUAGCUUCCGAGAUCAGGCGUGCUCAGGGUGGUAUGGCCGUAAACACAAACUGCUGCUAGGGGCUAAAUACACAAACUGCUGGUUCAGUUUGUGUAUUUAGUCCAGCACGGUAGUAACAGAAAAUAUAUUUGACACAUGGACCCUGGAAAAGAGAUUUUUAUUUGACGUUUAAUUCUAAAUUUCUAUCCUGUAAAAUGUAGGCAUACUGGAUAUACAUCUGCUUCACUUAUUUUACCGCAAAAAUUUUCAAAUAUCCUCAUAGUCACUCAGAAUGUAACUCUUGGGAUUCCUUUAUAGCCUAUAUAUUCUAACUGAUACAGGGCAAAAUUUAAAGUACAGACACAGGCAUAGGUAGUACUGGUAAAGUUUAUUAGAUGUGAGGAUCACUGAUAUCCACCCUGCUUAAAGGUCACAACAUGCACAAGAAUUUGAGUAUGUUGAGACAUUAGUGUCAACAUACUCAACAUUACUCUAAUGUUAAGACGGUAAGUUCACCUAAAAAUGAAAAACAGUAAAAAAUAAAUAAAUAAAUAAAAAAUG